CCUAUAAAAACAUACAAGCUGGCUUGGGUUGUUACCUUAGCUAUCUUAUCGCGAAAUACCAGUAAAUAGCUUUUGGUAUUGUUGAAAAUGUCUUUUCGAAGUGGUGCUUCUUAUUGUAUGAGUGAUAAAAAAAUAACUGAUAUUGACAGAAAACGAUUUGUUUCGGUUUUCUCUCUAUGUGAUAUGGGGAAAAAAGGUUAUUUGUCUAGAGAAGAUUUGAAGAUAGCAGUCGUUAUGCUGUUUGGAUACAAACCCUCAAAGUCAGAAACAAAUAUAAUGAUGGAAACUGGUGCUGCACUAAACAGCACAGGGGUCCCUUUGGAGCCAUUUGUGUCUCUCAUGGGGAGGAAGUUGUCAGCAGAGGAUCCAUACGAGAAGACUAGGCUGAUCUUCAAUGCAUUUGAUGCUCACUGUCGCGGGUUCCUGAAGGUGGAGGACUUCAGAUGCGGCUUUGGGCGCGUGGCACCGCACCUGCCGGACAGAACCGUGCUGGAGGCCUUUCGAUGUGUGGACCACGAUUCAGAUGGCCACGUCAGCUUCAAGGACUUUGAGAACGUUAUCGGUUACGGGUUGGCCAACAGCUGAGGUGCUGUGACCGUCACAGAGGGAAGGCCGGAGGGAAGAGGACACCAGGCGUCCGGAGCCGCACCACGGUUUUGUUUCAGUACGGGCCCCUUAUUCUCAUUUCGGGUUCCCCUUUGUCUUUGAGUCUUCGGAACGGAAAGUCGAGGCAGACAGCAGUGAUUAGGAGAGCGCAGCCUGGCUUGCUUUAAUGAAACAGCCAAAUUUCAGCCUGAGAGUUUGAACAUGAGCUUUGAUGUCAUAUUGAU